AUGGCGGGUUUCAGUUCUCUAAUUACUAAAACGCCACUAAAACGCGCCGUUACCAGAGUCACCGGAAACCUAACGGCGCCGUUAUCUCCUAUUGCGACAGCUAGAAGCCUCUUCACCGGAGGAGUAUGUAACGGAGUCGACAAAAUUUAUGGUGCGUCUGGAGUGUUUCCUCAUUUCAAUGGAAUAAGAAAGCGCAGCGUCAUUGGUAAUGCUGGCGCACUAACUCGUCAAUUUCAUCAUCUUCUCGGGGAUGAGCAAGACGUUGCUUAUUCAUCAAAGAAGGAAAACGCUGAAACCCCGAGGAAACAUCAACUUGGGGAGAACAUACCCAAGAAGGAUAAAAUAAAGUUUCUCGUGAACACUCUUCUUGAUAUCGAAGAUGAUAAAGAGGCUGUUUAUGGAGCUUUAGAUGCUUGGGUUGCUUGGGAACGCAAUUUCCCCAUUGCUUCCCUCAAAAGAGUUAUAGCUAUUCUUGAAAAAGAACAUCAAUGGCAUCGAAUGGUCCAGGUAAUAAAGUGGAUCCUAAGUAAGGGACAAGGGAACACAAUGGGGACAUAUGGACAGUUGAUACGGGCAUUAGAAAUGGAUCGUAGAGCAGAAGAAGCGCAUGCUAUUUGGAAAAAGAAAAUUGGGAACGACCUGCAUUCCGUGCCUUGGCAAUUAUGCUUACAAAUGAUGCGCAUAUAUUUCCGGAACAACAUGUUACAAGAACUUAUAAGGUUGUUUAAGGAUCUGGAGAGUUAUGACCGUAAGCCUCCGGACAAGCACAUUUUGCAGACAGUGGCGGAUACUUAUGAGCUUUUAGGAAAUCUCGAGGAAAAAGAAAGGGUAUUGACGAAGUAUAGCAACCUUUUUCUCGGUACAACAUCUGAUGAUAAAUCAAGAAGAUCUUCAAGAAAGAAGAAGAAACCAGGACUGACGAAUCCAGAAGCAACCACAGAGAACGCAGUAGAUGCAGCAAAAGCUGAGUUACAAGAAGAGCUAAAAGAAAAUAUGGAUAGCCACCAAGAAUUACCAGAAGCUGCCACUGAGAAACGAUCCGAACAUGGAGCAUAA